AUGUCGGCCGAAGCGACCGCCGCACCGGCGCCUGAGCACGCUGCUGUUCAGCUCGAUGUCGUCGCAACUGAGCCACCGCAUGCUAAAAGCUCCUCCCCCAAACCCACCAUGGGCCUGCACUCGCCACCGGAUAGCGACAAAUUGAAACUCGAUGGUAGCGAUUCUGAACUUAGUGAUCUCGAGGACCCUGAGCCCGAUCCAACACUUGACCACCUUCAGCAGCCAUCUCAGCCAUCUGAGCCCGUCGAAACCGCCCACGAUGCGGCACCCGACGACAAUCACAAGGUCGAACCCGACGCUGAACCCGAACCCGUUGAAGAUAUCGGUGAGGUUUUGCCAGAUCAUUGGUCCGGCACCGUCCCUGUCUUCAAACCUGACAUGCGACAAUUCAAGGACUUUAAGCUGUUUAUGGAAAAGAUUGAUCAUUACGGUAUGAAGUCUGGGAUCGUCAAGAUCAUUCCUCCCGCCGAUUGGAAGGAGAAACUACCGGACUACCACGAACUCGUCAAACAGAUCCGCGUACGGGAGCCCAUCAAGCAAGACAUCAUGGGCUCAAAUGGAACCUAUCGACAAAUGAACAUUCUUCAUCAGCGCUCGUACAAUCUUCCGCAAUGGCGCCAGCUCUGUGAUCAGAGCGAGCACCAGCCCCCUGCCAGACGGGGUGAGCGUCGAGCCAAUGCAGACAAGGCGAGGCCCGCAACCAGGUCUAAACCAGCCUCGUCCUCAGGCGCGCCCUCUGCGUCUAAGGGACGCAGCGGCCGUGCCACGAGAGGAAGGGGCAGGAAGGCCAAGAAUGCUGUAGGACAGGAGCGCCCCAUGACUCCGAUAUCGCCCAAGCCAGGCGAAGAUAUCAUGGAAUCUGUCGAACAAGACGAUCCGGAUGCAUCCAUGGACGUUGAUGAAGAAGAUGCGCCUCGAGCUCCCGGCAGAAUGGGCGGUGCCAGACAGCCCAAACCUCAAACCCAAUCCACCUCGGCGCGCAGAAAGUACUCCAGGAGGGAAGCCUCGGCUCGCAUUGACGAGGAAGCCUUCAAAGACUGGGAUUACAACAUGGACAUUUCGGAUUACACCCCUGAGCGAUGCGAAGAGCUCGAACGUAUCUACUGGAAGACGCUGACAUAUGCUCCUCCUCUGUACGGUGCCGAUCUGCUUGGCACGCUCUUUUCUGAAGACACCGAGAUGUGGAACCUGAACAAGCUGCCAAAUUUACUGGAUGUGCUUGGUAGCAAGAUUCCUGGAGUCAACACGGCAUAUCUCUACCUGGGAAUGUGGAAGGCUACAUUUGCUUGGCAUCUCGAGGAUGUUGAUUUGUACAGUAUCAACUAUCUUCAUUUUGGUGCCCCUAAGCAAUGGUACAGCAUUUCUCAGGGUGAUGCGCGUCGUUUUGAAACGGCCAUGAAAAGUAUAUGGCCGACUGAUGCCAAAGCUUGUGACCAGUUCCUGCGUCACAAGGCUUUUCUCAUCUCGCCGAGCCAUCUUCAAUCUCACUUCAAUAUCAAAGUGAACAAGGUCGUUUCAUAUCCUGGAGAAUUUGUCGUUACCUACCCUUAUGGUUAUCACUCAGGCUACAAUCUGGGCUACAACUGUGCGGAAGCAGUCAACUUUGCUUUGGAUUCCUGGCUGCCCAUGGGUCGAAUCGCCAAGAAGUGCGAAUGCGCUCAGGCACAGGAUAGUGUUUGGAUCGAUGUUCAUGAGAUCGAUCGCAAACUUCGGGGCGAGUCUACAGACUACGAAGAAACCGAAGAUGAAGAAGAAGAUGAGGAUGAUGAAGUCGACGACGAACAGGACACAUCGCAGAUGUCUAGCACCAUCAGGAUCAAGCAGCCGAAUCGUAAAAGGAAGCGUAUCGCUGUCGAUAAGGGCGACAGACAAACCAAGAAGAUCCGAUUGCGUGUCCGGGUCAAGACUCAGAUCGAGCCGCCGUGCUGUCUCUGCCCAAACACCGUCCUCGAUGCUGUGUUGCUGCCUACCGACGAUGGCCGAAAAGCGCACCGUAUGUGUGCCCUUUACGGUCCGGAAACAUGGAUCGAGACAGUGGACGGUCAGGAGAUUGUCACAAACGUUGCGAACAUUAGCAAGGCCCGCCUGGAGCUCAAGUGCUUGUACUGUCGCUCCAAGCGCGGCGCUUGCUUCCAAUGCUCUUACAGAAAAUGUGCUAGGUCUUACCACGCGACUUGUGCCGCAGCUGCCGGAGUCUUUGUUGAAGAGGGUGAAGUGCCUAUCUUUGGCGAAGAUGGUACUGAAUACAAGGAACAGGCUUUCGAGUUCAGCUGCCGUUUCCACCGUAGCAAGCGAGACAAGAAGCUCGAUGGCGAGGCACUGGAUGAUUGCAAGAAGAUCCAUGACGCUGCUGCCUCCCUUAAGCAGGGCGAAAUCGCCCAAUUCCAGCUGUACCGCGGCGAUAUCUUCGCCGGAGUUGUGGUGGAAAACAGAACCGAUGAGCAAACAGUGCUCAUCGAGGUCAUACCGAAUGGUGACCGUGUCGAGGUCGAGUGGAAAUGGCUUCUCGUACCAGAGCCAUCGGAUUUCCGACUACAGAAGGCCUCACCCAACGCCAUUCCGAUGCCCACGUCGCGACAAGCGAAAGAGAAAAUUAAUGCCACUAAACGCGCAGCUGAAGAGCUACCAAGAGCCCAAGACGAUUUCGUCGAUGGGUUCACCUGGGCAGAGUUCCAUACUGCCAAGAAUCCUACUAACAAAGUGCAGGUCAAGGUUGACUUUUCCAAAGAGAUGCAAAUUUGGCAUUAUCUCGGGAGGACAUCAACAGAAGCUCGAGCACAGUAUACGGACGAUGUCGCGAAACAGGUCCACAACUCAAAGAGUAACUUUCUGGACACGAUCCCGCGACCUCCUGCGCCUGUUGUUACUCGGCCUUGGCCAGUGCCCUAUAAUACGCCUGCCAAGGUUGACAGGCCCUACCAGUACAAGCCCAAGACGCCCGUUGUGCCAGAGUACAGCCCAUAUCACAACCAGCAGCAAAGCUCUAACCAAUUCUUUGUCUCUCCUCACCACGGCACCCAACCGCAGACAUACAGCGGUCAGCCGUAUACGGCCCAACAGUUUGCGCCGAAUACCCUUGCUGCAAAGCCGUUCCCUACCUCGACAUCUACAUUUGCUCCACAGCCUGGGCAAGGAGCCUUCUACGCGAACCAGUCCACGCCCAAGACUCUGCCUCGGCAACCUCAAGCAACGCCGAACACGGCUCCGCAACAGUCGCAGCAUAGACCGGGAGUUCUAUCCCAAUCGACCCCGAGGUCGACUCAACCACAGAAGUCGUCCACACCUCAUUCUGCUCCAGCUCAUUCGCGUAAUAAGUCUUUGCCCUUUGGCACAGAUCCGCGAUACAGAACCUCAUCUACGUAUGGCUCCGCCCGCUAUGACAAAGGCUCAAGCUCACCAUUCAGCUAUGGUAUUAUGCAACCACCGGGUCUCGGCGCGACGCCUUCGCCGCAGAACGGGCAGGUGUUCCAAGCACAGGCGAGGGAACGGUCCAGCUCGGCUGCGUCUGCCAUGUCUAUGCCCAUGACUUCAUCAGUAAUUGGACCUUCAGCGUCUACAAGUCUGGGCAGCGGCGGGCAGCCUCAGGUCGUCAAGCUGCCGAUUCCUCCUCGACCCCAACCGCCACCGCCGAGCGUUGUGCAAAAGUAUGCCUACUUUCAAGCUCACCACAACAGGGACUCGACCAAGUACCGGACACCGUAUGCUCCAUGGGGAGGUUUCACCAAUGGUUAUGAAGGUAAUCUACGAGCACACCUGAUGAAAACUCCAGAUGCAUUGUUCAGCUACAAGCAAUCUCCCGCCAUCCAACCCUCUGCAACUCAAACUCCUCCAUUACACAAUUCUGCAAAUGCACAAGGGGUGUCUACGGUCGCAGUCGAUCGCAUGUCGCAUACACCUCAACAUGACGCUCCUGCUCGCCAAUUAUCUUCUCCAGCAGUUGCACCCGCUCAGGCUACCCCUGGACCGCAAACCCCUAGUUCAGGUGGAUCCAACAUAUUGCAGACGGCUAGUGGACCCUAUGAUCCUGAAUCUGUACUUACCAAGCUACAUCCCGCCAUCCGAGCGCAAUAUGCAGCCAUGUUGCAGAGAAAACAGGCAGAGGAGCAGAUGCAGGCGCCAGCUAUUGCACAGGGCUAUACUCAGAAUUCUCCACCUUCCAGCGUGUCGGCUGAGCUCCAAUCGGCGCAGCAAGACAAUGUGCAGAACAGCAGAUCAGGUAGCAUCUCAGGCUUCCCGCGAACUAGUUAUGAGCAUCAAGCACAACACUAUACACCAAGUCCGCAAUCGUCGGUACAGCAUACGUAUCAAGCAUCUGGUGAUGCCUACCAGAAUCCGCCCGUUGCAUCUCAUCAUGCCAUGGACAUGGGUCCGUCCGUUGAGACAUCAAAGCAACCAAUCAAACAGCAAACCCCGAUUCCAGAGCAACGACCAGUACCUGCCACUCCAGUUGCGCAGCCGCGCCCUGUAGUCAUCAAGCAAACUCCCGUGCCACCACCUCGACCCUGGGAGCAAUUGCAAAGGACUACACCCAAGAGCAGCCCGGCGUUGCCUGUAUCACCACCAGCGGCAACAACAACACCAGCGACGACAACCGCUAAUGUGGAAAGUAAAGUUUUGGAUCCAGUACCUGAUUCCGGGCCCCAGCCCAUUAAUUCCCAGCCCGCAGAGCAGCUUCGAUCCAUUCCAGUUCAUCAACUUUCAGUAGACACCAAUCAAGAACCUGAGUCUCCCCAUGCCCUGGGCCAGACAUUCCCCGAGGUUCCGGCAGGCUCUUUUGACUUGGUCGAGGAAAUAAUCAGGAAUGCCAAGAGAGCCAGUGGAUCCGACUUUGCACACCUGUAA